UGCCAGCCGGGUGGGAGAGUCACCUGCAGGGGCAGAGGCGGGGGACAUGGGUGGGACUCCACGCUCACGGCCCCCACGCCGGCUUCGACCGCCGGUCCGUGUUGCUAUCCGAGAUGUGAGCGCUGGAAGGGACCCUGAUGACUCUGUGUUGGCCAGAACCGUCGAAACGCUGGCCGGUGCGCUGCAGCGUGGCAGGAGUUAACGCACCUGCUGCGAGGCCGAGGGCUGGGCGAGGUGGGGAGACGACGUGCCUCCCUGGACCACGUGAUGGGAGCGGGCGACCGGAGCCUGCCAGCUGGCGGUCUGGGGAGGGCCAGCGGAGCGCGAGGGGCUCAGCAAUUCCGGGGGAGCAGGGUAAGACCCUGACGCCCUGGUGGCCGGUGGCGCAGAGCUCGGCUGCUAACCAAAAGGUCGCUCCUUGAAAACCCUAUGGGACAGUUCUACUCAGUCCUGUAGGGUCGCUGUGAGUCAGAAUCCACUUCAGGGCAAUGGGUUUGCCUUUGGAUUGUUUAGGGUAAGACCCAGAAGACGUCUCACCAUUGAGAUCACGCGCCCUUCCUCAGCUUUCAUGUGUCCAGGAGGACAAACCCCCCUGGGAUUCCCGGCCGUGCGCAGCCUUAAACGUAACGCCCCGCGCAGACCCCGGUGCCGCCCCAGCGAGGUCCGCGCCGGUCGGGGGCGCCCUUCCCAGGACCCCGAGCUUUAGCCCCCCGCAGUGCCGUCGCCUCCACGGUGCACCCCGUGCGCGGUCACCAGUGUCGCAAACAGCCCGGAGGUGGCGCACCUUCCGGCUCUGUAAUAGGGACCGUCUCUGUUGGUUUUCCCACGUUAGAUCGGAUUCCUUAAAAAGUCACUAUGAGACUUUUGGAGCGGAGCGGAGCCCUGGCCUUAGUUGCCAGCCGGAUAGUUUUGCUAUUUUUGUCCUGGGAAUAUUUAUAAAGUAGGUGUUUUGCAGUGGACAAAAGUGGGGUGUUUACUUCUCCUUUACCUGUUUCAGGUGUGCUGCUCACUAGGGACUUUCCCUUUUUUGGGGAGGCGGAGCCCGAGCCAAGUAAAGACUAGUUCUUCCUCCUCCUGGGUAGUUGUUUUGGAGCUGGAGGGGCGCCCGAAGUGGAAGAGGCUCUGGGUACAAUGAAUAACCCUAUACCUUCCGAUCUGAAAUCAGAAGCCAAAAAGGCUGCUAAAAUAUUAAGAGAAUUUACAGAAAUAACUUCCAGAAAUGGACCUGAUAAGAUCAUUCCUGCCCAUGUGAUUGCUAAAGCCAAAGGUCUUGCAAUUCUCUCUGUGAUAAAAGCCGGAUUUCUGGUCACUGCCAGAGGAGGCAGCGGGAUCGUGGUGGCUCGCCUUCCAGAUGGAAAAUGGUCUGCACCUUCGGCCAUUGGGAUAGCUGGCCUUGGUGGGGGAUUUGAAAUAGGAAUUGAGGUCUCGGAUUUGGUAAUAAUUUUGAAUUAUGAUAGAGCAGUAGAAGCUUUUGCAAAAGGUGGUAACUUAACGCUUGGCGGGAAUUUCACUGUGGCAGUUGGGCCGUUGGGAAGGAAUUUGGAAGGAAAUGUGGCCUUAAGAAGCUCUGCUGCUGUCUUUACGUACUGUAAAUCAAGAGGACUGUUUGCGGGCAUAUCUUUAGAAGGCAGCUGUUUGAUUGAAAGGAAGGAAACUAAUCGAAAAUUUUAUUGUCAAGAUAUCCGAGCUUAUGACAUUUUAUUUGGAGAUAUGCCACAGCCUGCACAAGCAGAAGAUCUUUAUGAAAUUCUCGAUUCCUUUACGGAAAAGUAUGAAAAUGAAGGACAACAAAUUAACGCAAGAAAAGCAGCCAGAGAAUUACCUCCAAAACCAUUGCCAAGGCCACAGCCAUCAUCUGUAACAGUCCAGCUGAAUGUUGGCUCUCAAAGUGACAGAAAUGAAUAUAAGCUCUAUCCUGAACUUCCCAGCUAUCAUGAGGAUACUGGCAAUUCCCAGCGAUCUAUAGAAGUGACAGCAUUGUAUUCCUUUGGAGGACAGCAGCCGGGAGAUUUGAAUUUUCAAGCUGGAGACAAGAUCAUAGUUAUAUCAAAAACCGAUUCACAUUUUGAUUGGUGGGAGGGAAAACUCCGAGGUCAAACUGGCAUUUUUCCAGCCAACUAUGUAACCAUGAAUUAAAGUUUGUUAUUUUCCUCUUCUUUGAGAAUUAAAAAAAAAAAAAAGUCCACUACACUAAGAAUCUACACUAACAGAAUUGCUAGCCAGUUAAAAAAAAAAAAAAAAAAGCAGUGUUUAAAACCAAAUCCAUUGCUGUCGAGUUGACUGUGACUCACAGUGACCCUAUAAGACAGAGCAGAACUGUCCCAUAGAGUUUCCAAGGCUGUAAAUCUUUACGGAAACAGACUGCCACAACAUUCUCCUACAGAGCAGGUAGCUAGUGGGUUCGAACUGCCGACCUCUUGGUUAGCAGCCGAACGCUUAACCAAAUACUUCUGUUGAUUCUACAAACUUUUAAUCUAGUAUGUAAAAGAUUUUUUUUUCCUAUAUAUAAGUAGAUGGUUAACUUACAUAUCUUUAAAUACUUAGUACUAAUUUUUAUCACAUAGACUAUGUAAUAGUCAAUAUCAUCUAAUUUAUGGUGACGGUUUUUCCUGUUAGUUUUCAAACAUCACUAAAUUUUGGAUCUGCCUAUAAUAUGGUGUUUGUUUUGAUUUGCGAAUCUUAGGAGUCGGGCCCUGAAUGGUGAUUCAUACGUUUCAGUUUGCAAAGUGAUUAGAGAAGAAAAAAAUCAGCUAUUAAAUUAGGCAUUAAAGAACGAUUAGAAUUGUAGCUAUUAACUAGAAUAUGAAACCUUAAAAAUUAUCUUUAUGCCUUCAAAUUACAUAUAUAUUUACAUUUAUAGUAGAAAUAUGGGAUUACAAAGAAGUUCAGCCACUGUGCAUUUAAAAAAAAAAGGUGACAUCUAUUAACUUCUUUAUGGGGUUAUGUUUUUCCAUAGUCGUUUUCUGGUAUUAGAAUCAACUUGUUGUGACAUAGUUUAGUUGUCCAUAAAUAAAUGUUUCUAAAACACUUGCUAAGUCAAUGUCUUGGUUUUGUUUUUCUUUUUGUAAAGUAGGCAGAUAUCCUGUGACUUAUAAGCAGGUUGAAAAACCACCUUAACCUCUGCUGCCUUAACCUCUUCCCAAAACUCCGGACUCAUAGGGCUAACUACUCACUUGACAUCUCUGUUGAACAUAGCAUCUCACACACAACCUGUCCUCAUGCUUUCUCCUCCUAUAAAACUUUCCCAAUAUUCCCUCUCAAUAACUGGAAAUUCUAUUCAGCCAUUUUCUUAGGCCACAAAACCCUGGCGCCAUCUUGAUUCUUUUUAUUCUCUUUCACACCCUGUGUCAAACCCACCAAUGAAUUCUCUUGGCCUUACAUUCAAAGUAUUUACCAAGCCCAACCCUUUUUUUCUAUCUUUUCCACUGCCACCAUAAAAGAAGCCACCAUUAGCUCACACUUAGAUUAUUGGAACAGCCUUCAAUUUGAAUUCCUUGCUUCAACUCUUGCUUUAACACAGCAGCCAAAAUGAUCCUCUUAAAAGUAGUACCUCCUCAUUCUCCAUCUUCUUAUCCUACUUAAACAUUCUUCAUAGUCUUACACACACACACACGCACACGUAAAAACAAAAAUUUUUUUUAAUUUAUUAUAAAGUAUUUAAGAUGGAAAAAGAAGAAAAGACCCACCCAGUAAGAGUUAUAUCCUACUUUUAGAACACUUCCCAGUUUACCUCCCUUUCCUUCAAACUCAAAUGUAAUCAUCACCCUGAACUCUCUGUUUAUUAAUUCAGUGUG